CCCUGGAGCAGCAGUGAGGGGAGGGCUGUGCAGGCCGCGGAUUGCUCUGCUCCCUGCUCAGGACUGGGGAGCUUGGGGGUGAGACCUGUGCUAGCUGGAUCUGCGGGAUUACCUCGUCCGAGAAACAGAGAGAAGGUUACUGGAUCUAAGAAACUUCCAGGGAAUGUUCUAGAGACAAGCUGACUCUGUGACACACCUUUACCCGUCUCCUGCCACAUUCCCACAGGGCACAGGAGAAAGAUGAUGGGGACCAAAGCCUGGGCGUUCUCCUUCCUGGUUCUGGAAGUCACCUCUGUGUUGGGGAGGCAUACGAUGCUCACCCAAUCGGUGAGAAGAGUCCAGCCUGGGAAGAGGAUACCUGGCACCUUUGCCAAGCCUGCUGACCCCCUGGAGAGUCCUGGUGAGUGGACAGCAUGGUUCAACAUUGACCACCCAGGCGGGCAGGGCGACUAUGAGCGGCUGGAUGCCAUUCGCUUCUACUACGGGGAUCGUGUGUGUGCUCGUCCCCUUCGUCUAGAGGCCCGGACCACUGACUGGAUGCCCGCAGGCAGCACUGGCCAGGUGGUCCAUGGCAGUCCCCAUGAGGGCUUCUGGUGCCUCAACAGGGAGCAGCAGCCUGGCCAGAACUGCUCCAAUUACACCGUGCGCUUCCUCUGCCCACCAGGGUCUCUGCGCAGAGACACAGAGCACAUCUGGAGUCCCUGGUCCCCCUGGAGCAAGUGUUCAGCUGCUUGUGGUCACACUGGGGUCCAGACCCGCACACGCACCUGCUUGGCAGAGACUGUGUCACUGUGCAGUGAGGCUACUGAGGAGGGCCAGCUCUGUGUGAGCCAGCCCUGCACAGCCUGUGACCUGACCUGCCCCAUGGGCCAGGUAAAUGCUGACUGUGACACAUGUAUGUGCCAGGACUUCAUGCUUCAUGGGGCCAUCUCCCUCCCUGGGGGUGCCCCUGCUUCAGGGGCCAUCGUCUACCUGAUGACCAAGACACCUAAGAUGCUGACCCAGACAGACAGCAAUGGGAGGUUCCACGUCCCUGGCUUGUGCCCUGAUGGCAAAACUACCUUGAAGAUCAUGAAGACCAAGUUUGCCCCCAUCAUGCUCACAAUGCCCAAAACUAGCCUGAAGACAGCCACCAUCAAUGCAGAAUUUGUGAGGGCAGACAUGCCAUACAUCAUAAUGAACCCCGAGACAAAAGCCCGGAGAGCUGGUCAGACUGUGUCCCUGUGCUGCAAGGCCACAGGGAAGCCCAGUCCAGACAAGUAUUUCUGGUACCACAAUGACACAUUGCUGGAUCCCUCCCUUUAUAAGCACGAGAGCAAGCUGGUGCUGAGGAACCUGAAGCAAGACCAGGCUGGGGACUACUUUUGCAAGGCACAGAGUGACGCUGGGGCUGCAAAGUCCCAGGUUGCGCAGCUGACUGUCAUAGCACCCUAUGAGACUCCUUGCAACCCAACUCCUGAGAGUUACCUUAUCCGACUGCCCCACGAUUGCUUUCAGAAUGCCACCAAUUCCUUCUACUAUGAUGUGGGCCGCUGCCCUGUCAAGACCUGUGCAGGACAGCAGGAUAAUGGGGUCAGGUGCCGGGAUGCUGUGGAGAACUGUUGUGGCAUCUCCAAGACAGAAGAGAGGGAGAUCCAGUGCAGUGGGUACACGCUGCCCACCAAGGUGGCCACGGAGUGCAGCUGCCAGCGGUGUGCAGAGACACGGAGCAUCGUGCGUGGCCGCGUCAGUGCCGCUGAUGAUGGGGAACCCAUGCGCUUUGGCCACGUGUACAUGGGGAACAGCCGCGUGAGCAUGACUGGCUACAAAGGCACUUUCAGCCUCCAUGUCCCCCAGGACACUGAGAGGCUGGUGCUCACAUUCGUGGACAGGCUGCAGAAGUUUGUGAACACCACCAAAGUGUUGCCAUUCAACAGGAAGGGGAGUGCAGUGUUCCACGAGAUCAAGAUGCUACGACGCAAAGAGCCCAUCACCCUGGAAGCCAUGGAGACCAACAUUAUCCCCCUGGGAGAGGUGGUCGGCGAAGACCCUGUGGCUGAACUGGAGAUCCCAUCUAACAGUUUCUACAGGCAGAAUGGGGAGCCCUACACAGGAAAGGUGAAGGCCAGCGUGACUUCUGACCCCCGGAAUAUUUCCACGGCCACUGCUGCCCAGAGCGAUCUGAACUUCAUCAAUGAUGAAGGAGAUACCCUCCCCCUUCGGACAUAUGGCAUGUUCUCUGUGGACUUCACAGAUGACGCCAGCUCAGAACCACUUAAUGCUGGCAAGGUGAAGGUCCACCUUGAUUCGACCCAGGUCAAGAUGCCAGAGCAUAUACCCACGAUGAAACUCUGGUCACUCAACCCAGACACAGGGCUGUGGGAGGAGGAAGGGGAUUUCAAAUUUGAAAGUCAAAAGAGGAACAAAAGGGAAGAGAGAACCUUCCUGGUGGGCAACAUGGAGAUCCGUGAGAGAAGGCUCUUUAACCUGGAUGUCCCUGAAAGCAGAAGGUGCUUUGUCAAGGUGAGGGCCUACCGGAGUGAGAGGUUCUUGCCCAGUGAACAAAUCCAGGGGGUUGUGGUCUCUGUGAUCAACCUGGAGCCCAGAACUGGCUUUGCAUCCAACCCUAGGGCCUGGGGCCGCUUUGACAGUGUCAUCACAGGCCCCAAUGGGGCUUGUCUGCCUGCCUUCUGUGAUGACCAGUCCCCUGAUGCCUAUUCUGCCUACUUCUUGGCAAGCCUGGCUGGGGAGGAACUGGAGGCAGUGGAGUCUUCCCCUAAAUUCAACCCAAAUGCGAUUGGUGUCCCUCAGCCCUACCUCAACAAGCUCAAGUACCGUAGGACAGACCACGAGGACCCACGGGUUAAAAAGAUGGCAUUCCAGAUCACCAUGGCCAAGCCAAGGCCCAACUCAGCUGAGGAGAGCAAUGGGCCCAUCUACUCCUUUGAGAACCUCCGGGCUUGUGAAGAGGCACCACCCAGUGCGGCCCACUUCCGGUUCUACCAGAUUGAGGGGGAUAGGUAUGACUAUAACACAGUUCCCUUCAACGAAGAUGACCCCAUGAGCUGGACUGAAGACUACCUGGCAUGGUGGCCCAAGCCAAUGGAGUUCAGGGCCUGCUACAUCAAAGUGAAGAUCGUGGGUCCAUUGGAGGUGAAUGUCCGAUCCCGCAACAUGGGGGGCACCCACCGACAGACAGUGGGGAAGCUGUAUGGAAUCCGGGAUGUGAAGAGUACUCGGGACAGGGACCAGCCCAAUGUCUCAUCUGCCUGUCUGGAGUUCAAGUGCAGUGGGAUGCUCUAUGACCAGGACCGCGUGGACCGCACACUGGUGAAGGUCAUCCCCCAAGGCAGCUGCCGCCGAGCCAGCGUGAACCCCAUGCUACAUGAGUACCUGGUCAACCACCUACCACUAGCAGUCAACAACGACACCAGUGAGUACACCAUGUUAGCACCCCUGGACCCACUGGGUCACAACUAUGGCAUUUAUACUGUCACUGACCAGGACCCUCGCAUAGCCAAGGAGAUUGCACUUGGCCGGUGCUUUGAUGGCACGUCCGACGGGUCCUCCAGAAUCAUGAAGAGCAACGUGGGAGUAGCCCUCACCUUUAACUGUGUAGAGAGGCAGGUGGGCCGCCAGAGCGCCUUCCAAUACCUCCAAAGCACCACAGUCCGGUCCCCAGCUGCAGGCACUGUUCAAGGAAGAGUGCCCUCCAGAAGGCAGCAACGGGCAAGGAGGGGUGGCCAGCGUGGGCGUGGAGGAGUGGCCUCCCUGAGAUUUCCUGGAGUUGCUCAACAGCCUCUGAGCAACUAAGUCUCCAAGAUCUUCACACUCCUCUCCCCUGACCUCAUGUGACAGCCAUUGUGAGACUGAUGCACGACCUUGUUAAUUUAAACACAUCUGUUUUGGUGCAAUGUUCUUGUUUGUUUCUUCAUGCCUUACUUACUAUCUCUGUCCCAUGAUACCGAUUGGCCCAAUGCCCUCAAGAUGUCAAAAUAAAGCCCCGUUGUGGUUUUUGUUUUUUAAAGAAACACAAGAAAUUGGCCACUGAUUAAACUCUGCUCCUUUGUCCAUUUUGUGCCAGUAAUGCAACUAUUUCCUCGUCUUUUUGCAUGGUGUUGCCAGCUCUGUGAUCAUGAUAGUCUGAUGCUGAAGAUCCAAUAACCAAUAUAAAGCCUAUUUCCUGGCCCUGCACUGCAAGAUGUAAGCAAGGCCUUGUCACAGUUCAUACCUAUGAAUAGUGGUGAAAUAAAGAAAUAAACUAUAGUAU